UGGUUAAAGUACAUCAUGACACUAUAUUGGGUGUUCCUGUGAGUAUGCAAAGUGGCAUUCUAUCAGAAGAGAUGAUACUGCGAUGUGACUACACAAGAGAAGGAAAGAAGCGACAGCAUCACCCUGACUAUAGUCAUGCUCAUUGCACAGUGGUAUCUCAGUUUCAGGAUGUGGACAAGAAAAGAUGGACGCCUCGGGUUACAGCUGGUGACAAUUCUGUUCCUCAUUUCAAUGGAGACUGUGAUAUCCACUGAGUACACCAUUCAAGUUAACCAUGAAGUGAAAAUCCCACAGACUAUGUGUGCAAUUGUGCCUUGUAAUUUCACUGCUGACAGUAGAGGGAAAUUCAAAAAUUCGAAAGGAUAUUGGAAGGCAAGAUUAGGUGUCAAAGUAGCUUCUACUGACAGGUCUGAAGUGACGAAGCAAAACUUUCAUGCAUUCGGUAACCCUGAUCUUGGUGACUGCACCUUGAAAAUCACCAAUGCCACGAAGGAAGACAAUGGCUCUUACUUCUUCAGAUUUGUGGAGAAAGAAGACGGUACAAAUAAAUAUAAUUAUUUAAAUGAUCAAGUAAAGGUAGAGGUAACAGACAUUAGAGAAGUAGAUGGCUAUUCUAUUCAGGUGGAUCAGACUGUUACUGUCCAGAAGGGUCUUUGUGUCACCAUUCCUUGUACAUUUACUGCUGAUCACAUGAAAUCCUUUACCGGCUCUAGAGGUCACUGGAAGACGAUAUGCCAAGAAUUUGCAGCCUCCAGUGACAAGUCAAUUGUUGGUACAAAGCCACAUUUUCAGUUAAUGGGAAAUCCAGAUAAUGGAGAUUGCACACUGAAGAUAACUGACGCCAAGGAGCAAGAUUCUGGAACGUAUCACUUUGCAUUUGAAUAUGGGAAAGACAACAACCGGAAACACAGCUAUAUAUCCAAAAUUAUAACAAUACAGGUCACAGGUGUUAAUGAAAUACCUGUAAUUUCGGACCCCGGAAUACUGACCGAAGGUAAAAAGGUGACGAUAACAUGUAAUGAACCCAACGCACUAAUUACAUGGAAGAAUCAGACGGGAAUAUGGACCAAUUCAAAAGACCUGACAUUUGUCCCGACUCGGAGUCACCAUCAAACCUCAUUGACCUGUAAGAUGACCUUCCCAUCAUUCAAGAGUUAUACCCAAAAAGAAAUAACAUUAUAUGUUCAGUAUCCACCUUCCAUCAUUAUUACCACACCAGAAAUGCAAAACCACAUCAGCACUGACCGCACCACAAAUCAGGAAGUGACAGUACAAGAAGGAAGCUCACUGGCUCUGAAAUGUUUGGUGGACAGUAACCCAGAAGCUCAGGUGACCUGGAUGAAGGGCGAGAAGAAUGUGCUCAAGAAGGGCAACGGGAGUGAGGUUAUGCUCUAUCUGAGCAAAAUACCAACCAGUGGGGCAGAUAAAUAUCAUUGCUUGGCUGAAAAUAAUCUUGGGGCCAUGAAUAAAACCAUCAAUAUCAUUGUACAAUCAGACAAUACAAAGUAUUUUGUGAUUGCUGGUGUAGUCGGAAUUGCUGCCCUCUUGUUGGUUGCUGUAACACUGAAGCUUCUGUUGCGUAGCAGGACCAAGAACACUGAGGAAGAAAAUAAAGCCAAGAAUCACAUCUCUACAGAUAACCAGUAUGAUUGCAAACCAGACGACUUGUAUGAAAACACAGAAUUUGGCAGUGAUGCUAAAAAGGAAACAAAGGAAACAGAGUACAAUACUGAACCCACGAACCUUUAUUUCAAUUUUGAAGAGGAGUCUGUUCCUUUCGAAGAAGAGUCUGUUUAUGCAAACACAUGAGUUUUCCCUCAAGAUAUAUCAAGAAUGCUUUGGUGUAUUAGCAAUUAACAAUGUGACCUCCAUACAUAAGGUUCAGUUUUCAGUAUCCAUCAAAUAUACUAUCUGCCUGCCAACGUGUUCUACUCUUUUUGUCAAAGUAAGAGCUCUUUCCCACAUUGACAAUUGUUAACCCUCCAUGGAUCCUUCCUUCAAUGCCAUUGAUGGCAUUUUAACUUUGUACUCAGCCCCAACUGCUUUUGCACAUUAUUCCUGCAAUAUUUACUGUACACUUCUCUUUAGGAAUAAAUAUGCCACCUUUUCAAACUCAAUGGGAGACAGAUUGUGACGCACCUUUAUCAACAGAGGAAUGGAAAAAAAGAGGUUAAACUAAGUUCACUGUCGCUAAAGAAGAGGUUUUUGUUUUUCACAAGGAGACUGUGUAAGUCUUGUCUCUACCAUCUUCCCAGGUUAUAAAUUAAAGAUUUGAACACUUAGUAAAAUAAACAAGAUAAGGGAACCAUGAGCUUACAGACCUAAUUGGUAUUUCCAGAAUAAGCUACGAAACAAGAGGGCUUAUUCAAAAAUUAAACUAUUGUAUUAUAUAUUUUAAAUAAUCAUUUUUCUUUCAUAUUAUGUUUAUGUUGUAUCUGUUUUAAUAUUUAAAAACCCAUUAAUGCAUAUAUAUCAUUAUGGUACAUGUUGCAAACAUGGUAUUCUAUUAGUGAGAAUGUUCAUGAAUAACUGUUAUGCUUGUCGUUAGAAUAAUGACUUCAGUUUCAAGGAAUUUAAUAGCUUCAGCUAAAUGGUGUGGGGUAGACUUUCUCAACCUAUAUAUUUCCAGGAGAUGCUAGGAUGGCUAGGGAAAUUGACACAUGAUUGUCAACCAUUUGACAAUUAAUAGUGUUUUACUAAGCCGAGGACAGAAGGUCAUGAAAAUAACAAUAAAAGUAAUUUCUUAUACAACACUGCCUCUAGAGGGUAAAGAUAGCAAGAAUUCAAGAUGGCCGCUAGACUUGGUUGUCAUUGUAACAUAUAAAACACAAAGUCAUAUUACCGUAUUUUUCGGUUCAUAAGACGCACCUGACCAUAAGACACACCUUAGUUUUAGAGGAAAAAAACAAGAAAAAAAAAUUACAUUACUGCUUGCUGAUUGUUUUCUAGAGGUUACUACAGAUUGUCACUCACCAUUCAGUUGCUAGUGGUUACUGCACACUAAUUGCCUGCAAUGCAGUCCCCCUCUGCAAGUUUUUCAGUCCUGCUGCUUUAACAAUCCCCACCCCCACUGCUCACAGAAGAAGGGAGAGGAAAUGGAAUGUACACAGACACAGCCCGCUCUGUGUGUCUUUCAUCUCUCACUCAGCUUGUGCUGCUGCUCAGAGAAAGAGGGGGGGACACAAAGAGCCUGCUCUGCUGUGAGAAGCUGGGAGAACACGGCAGACAAACCGAGACAUCCAGCUCAGUCUGCCCAGAGAAGGAGGGGUGUACACGGACAGCCUACUUUGCAUGGCUGUCUGUGGCUGGGAGAACGCAGACUCUGCCUGGAGAAGGAGGGGGAACAAGCUCCCUGUCACGGACACACAGAUGCUCCCGUCCUGACAGCUGAGGAGUUAUGCGGCUGGCUCAGCAUUCG